CUAGAAUCUAGAACGAACUCGCAGCGAGCUACUGGCAGUCCUUCUAUUUAACUCCCUGUGUAACGAGCUACAGCUGCGACGUUAGUAGAGUGGCUUCAGGUGUGCGCCGGAGCGCGCCCGGCUCGUCCUCGUCGCCAGGUGCGCAACUCUCUAACAGCGCGCUCCGAGGUACCGGGUGUCUCGGGCUGAGGCCUCUGUCAUUGACAACCGCGUGAGCACUCGACAACACAAGGGAAACCAAACGACAUCUCCAAGAACCGACGCGGGCAGACGGCAGGUUUGAUUUUGAGUCGGCUCGACAUCGUUUUCCGCUCUUCGGCUCUUUUAUUCUAGAAAUCCAUCCUCGGCCCCCGCCGUGACCCCCGCCAUGUCCGGGAAGGAGCGUAGCCCCCGGCAUCGGCCGUGGUCGGUCUACCGGGCCAACACGUUUGAUCUCUCAGCGGAGAUGAUGGGGCUGGCUCUCUCAGGCAACAGUCAGGAUCCAGACGAGCCCGUGCUGGAGUUUAGUGUGGCCUGCAGCGAGCUGGUCACUCCCUCUCUGGACCGUAAGCCGACCAGCUUCGUUGCCGUCAGCUGCACCACUCCGCCCCAGGCCUUCUGGACGAAGCACGCUCAAACAGAAAUCAUAGAGGGCACCAGUAACCCAAUCUUCCUGAGCAGCAUGGCGUUCUUUCAGGACUCUCUGGUCACUCAGCAGACGCAGGUCAAGCUCUCGGUCUACGACGUGAAGGACCGCGCCCAGGGCACGAUGUACAUGCUUGGUUCCGCCAUGUUUUCUGUGAAAGAGCUGCUGCAGGACCAACACCACAGACUGCACCUGACGCUGAGAUCAGCGGAGAGCAGCGGCGUGGGGAACAUCACCGUCAUCGCCUGGCAGAUCGAGGAGAAGCGCGAGCAGAGAGCUCCUGUGGCCCGGUUACAGAGAGGAGACACCGUGAAUGGAAGGAUGGUUCUCCCUGUUGAUGAAAGCCUGACUGAAUCCAUGGGCAUUAAAUCCAAGUCUGCAUCUCUGUGUAAAGACCCUCUGCUGAAGGCUGUGUUUGGGGGCGUCAUGUCUCGGAUGUACCGGCUCCCCACCACCGACGGCAACCACCUGCGGGUCCUGGAGCAGAUGGCGGAGAGCGCACUCUCCCUGCACAUUCCUCGACAGUUUGUCAAGCUGCUGCUGGAGGAAGACGCCAUCAGGGUGUGUGAGCUGGAGGAACUGGGCGAGCUGUCUGCAUGUUGGGAGAACCUCAGGAGGCAGAUCAUCACUCAGUAUCAGACCAUCAUCCUCACCUACCAGGAGACCAUCAGUGACCUGCACGAAUAUAAAGGUCCUUCUUUUAAGUCGAGUACACUGAAAGCUGAGAGGAAGUUGGAGUUUAUUCCUACUAAUCUGCACAUCCAGAGGAUGAGAGUACAGGGAGAGUCUGGCUAUGACCGGACGUACGAUGUGGUGACUAUCGGUGCCCCUGCAGCACAUCAUCAGGGCUUCAAAGACUGCGGCCUUCGAAGACUGCUGCAUCGGCUUGAAGAAGCCAGGAAGCACACGUAUGAGGAGGAGAGCCACAGCUCUGCUGGUUCUGGGUCUAAAGGAAUGGCAUACCAGCCUCAGGAUGUUGUGAAAGCGAAAGAGCUGAUUGGUCAAAUCAACACUCUGAAGACACAAGUGUGUUACUACACUGAACGCCUGUCCCGAUCCGCCAAGGAGCGCUCGGCCAACGCUCUGGAGAGAACCCUGGCCAUCCUGUCGGAGAAGACCCGUCAGCUGGUGACCGUGUGCGACUCCAAGAUGCUUUUCUCGGCCAUCCUCGCGCUGGCAUCCGCCCGUCCAGAGUCCACUCUGCAAAGCACCCCGUCCCCAUCCUCCACUUCCCUCUCCCCCUCCUCUUUUUCCCCGUCGCGGUCCCCCUCCCGCCGCCCGACCUCCCCAUUCCGUGCUGCCACCUCUCCUUCUCGCCAUGCCAUUCCUCUAGAGGGCUGCGAAGGGAGUAGAAACAAGCGCUCCUCCUUGCAGGCCGAUGAGGAUGACUGGGAUAAGGUUUGGCUAAAUGUGAAUAAGAGCCUGGAGUGUGUGAUCCAGAGGGUGGACGGGCUGCUGCAGCGAGACAAACUCCAGAGCGACAGUAGCUCGGAGGAUGUCUUCCUGCUCGCCAGCGAGGAAACGGGGAACACCAAGAAAGAUAUCAGCCCAGAGGUAGAAAAGAAGUCCCCAGGCGAGUGGAGCGACGCCCUGUACCCUCUCCUCACCACGCUGACGGACUGCUCGUCCCUGAUGAGCGACAAGGCCAAGAAGGCCAUGGUGUUCCUGCUGAUGCAGGACAGCGCCGCCACCAUCGCCAUGAGCCUCACCCUGCAGUACCGCCGCGACGUCGUCUUCUGCCAGACGCUGACGGCACUGAUCUGCGGCUUCGUCAUCAAGCUGAGGACCUCUCUCUGCGACUCGGGCUUCCUCAAGCAGCUGCACACCAUCGGCUUACUGGUGCAGUACGAGGGCCUGCUCAGCACUUACGGUGAGGAGCUGGCCAUGUUGGAGGACAUGAGCGUCGGAGUGAUGGACCUGAGAAGUGUCACAUUUAAAGUCACCCAGGCGACGUCGGGGUUCGCCCCAGACAUGCUGCCGGUGAUCACGGGAAACCGGAACGGCUUCAACGUCAGGGUUCCCAUGUCCGGGGCGAUGUUUGACACGCUGCCGCGCGAGAUCCAGAACGGGAUGCUGCUGCGCGUGCAGCCCGUCCUCUUCAACGUGGGAAUCAACGAGCAGCAGACGCUGGCUGAGAAGUUUGGAGACACGUACCUACAAGAGGUGAUCAACAAGGAGAGCAUGACUCGCCUCGGCUCGUACUACGACCAAUUUAAAGAGGUCCUGCCCGAAGACUGCCUGCCGCGCUCUUGCAGCACCACCAGCGUGCCCGAGCUGCUUCGACAGCUUAGCCAGAACGUGAACUCCAAGAGGAGCAAGAACGUGGAGAUCUUGUGGCAGGCGGCCGAGGCGUGUCGCCGCCUGAACGGAGUGCGUUUCACCAGCUGCAAGAGUGCCAAGGACCGCACAGCCAUGUCCCUGACCCUGGAGCAGUGUCAGAUCCUGCAGCAGGACCACGCCCUCGCCCCGCAGGUCUUCUACCAGGCCUUGGACUGCAUGCGCAGUGAGGGCUGCAGGAGAGAGAACACCAUGAAGAACGUGGGAUGUCGUAAAUACGCCUUUAACGCCGUCCAGCUCAAGGCCUUCCCCAAACAGUAUCGCCCUCCGGAGGGCACGUACGGGAAAGUGGAGACCUAAGCGGACUCUCUUCCGACUGGAGGAAAGAUAAAAAGACUAAAGGGGGGGAUGACGACGACAAACAAAACGUACCAAACACCAACUGGAACAACAGCCCUUCGUGUUGUGCUUAGUCGCCGUUAAGAUGAUUAUUGUCCAAGUGCCAGUGCCACUGUAGAUUGUUCUAGAGCGGUUUCCCCUCUCCUCCGGUCGUGCGAUACACUUUUCACAGCCACUUGAGGGCCAGACAGAAGUCUCUUACAUGGCAGCAGCGUGCAGACACCACUCAUGGCUGCCGUGUACCAGUCGUAGCACCAGACAGCAGUCAGCUGACUCCCAGAAAAUAAGAUGUGCAAAUGUUUCAGCCUCCAGAAAGGUGACGUGGGGCACGUGUUUGUCCUCUCGCUGCUUUCAUUUGAUCCGAUCAGUUAAAGGAUGAGGCUGCAGGUAUUCCACUGUUCGACACAUAUGCAAGACCCAAACGUACAAGAUUUAAAGAUUAACUAUGUUGGUUUCUGUUUGUGUUUAGGAGGUUUAAAUGGUCGACAUUCGGCGGAAGGAUGUCGUGGGAAAAGUAUUAAGAAACACACAAUCCACUCUUGGUUUUGGUGUUUAAAUGGGAUUUAUUGACAAUAAGAGAAAUGAAGAAUCAUACCAACUGUAUCCUUUAAAGCUACACUCGGUGAAAAGGAUUUAAUUCCAGCCCUAAGCUGCAUUGAGAGCCAACAGAUCGUAUCUUCGCUUCACUAACACAUUUAGGAACAGCAGCAAGCAAGCAUGCGUGUGAACGUUCUAAUGAUGGAAAUGAUUUCUCGCAAAUAUCUCUUAAAAAUAUGCUUUAAAGAAAAUUCCUGAACCUUGGAGCUGCUUCCAUGUGAAGUUGCCUGGCGUGGCUUUUAUUAGACCAUCAGGUUUGUCAGAACACAUCUUUGAUUGUGAACUAAUUUCUCUGGACCCAAAGUCAAAGGACUUAUUGAGUCUUCCCGCUGUCUCUCUUCUUCAACCACACAUACAUGUCCAUCACUUUAUCACUCCACAGCAAGCACAGCCCUUCUUUCGAAAGUACAUAUCUCGUACCACUUUCUGCCAUUUGUAUUACAAUGACGUGUCAUAUUUUGUGGUUAUUGUGUUGCUACACUGGGAGCAUCAAUGGACAAGUGGUUUGACAGCCCUUCGAACUUUAAGCGUUUUUAUUUAUUUUUAUUAGUGUGUGUUCUCAGUUUUACAGCACUAUGCAGAACUUUAUGAUUGACAUUGGAUUAAAAACAUUUAAAAAGUGUAUUAAUUGAACCUGCAUGAAGACAAAAAAAAAAUACUACUUCAUGCUAUUACAAAUGUAUACUGUUGCGAUUACCCUUGAGCCCUUGAUAGAUGUUUCUAGACUGAAGUGAAAUAAUGCAUAUUGCAUUUUUCUACCAACCAUCAACAACACUUAAUCUGUCGGUUUACCAGCUCCGGGCUCCAGUUUACUUAAUUGUAUAAAACUAUCAUAGACAGAAAUGUUAUUUUGCUUACAUGUAUUUAUGUUGGUCUGGCUGUUUUAGUUCUCUCCAGUUAUUGAGGUAGUACGAACCUGGUUCUGAUCAGUUGUACAUGCACACAGGUUGGACCUGCAAGCUUUUUUUUAGAGGCCUGCACCCCCUCAGAGGAAUGAAGUGAAACUAAAUAAUGAAUAAAGGCUUGUCAAUGCCAAAUGUGUGUGUCAGUA